AGAGAGUUUGGCUUUCAGCUGACUAGAUUGUUCUCAGCCUUCGUUUUGGGCGCCAUGUCGCAACAGGAUUUCAUGGGCCGCGUGAUCGGCGCCGCGUCUCAGGGCGCGGUGGGGGCAGUGGUGGCGGCUUCGCUGAGUGCGGUGACAGAGCCGUUGGUGAACAACAUGUUGGUGAACCGCGCCACCCUGGGGCAGGCAGUGAAAGAGCUGGACCCCAACAAGAUCAGGAGCUACCUGAACACGACCUUGGCCACGAACUUCAUCAAGUUCCCCUUCUUUGAGGCGACCAACAUCAUCAUGCAAGGCAUCGACUUGCCUCCGACUCUCAGAGGGGCUGCCCUUGGAUCCGUCUUCUGCACCAUCACCCUGCCCAUCACGAACUACCGAUUCAGAAAGUCCAUGAACCUGCCGGUGACGCCUGGGAAUCUGUACCAGGCCUACCCGCCCACAGUGCUGCGGGACAUCAUCUAUGGCAUCGCGCGCAACCAGGUGUCUGCCCUGCUUAUUGCCAUCAACCCCACCUUUGCGAACUCCAUGCUUGGCCGAGUGGUGAACAUGUUCACCACAGUGGUAGCGGCUUGCGUCCUGUCCGCGCCCGGCAAUGAGCUGCGGGGCUAUUGCCUGCAACCGGCAGACCGAAGACAGUCCUUUGGGGACUUCUUCCAGCCAGCGAAGUUCAUCCGCAGCACAUCCGUGGGUGCGAUCAUCAUGGGCAUUAGCUUGGCGAUCGGCACGCUUGCGACACCGCAGGUGGAGAAGCUGGUUGGCGUGUUGAAGGAGUACCUGGCGAAGAACCCGGUGAGCUACGUCCUCGUCGUGCUCUUUGUCCUGCAGCAGAUCUUGCAGAUGCGCCGCCAGAGCGAGCUGGUUGCGACCUUGGAGAAUAAGAAGUGAGAGCAAGGGGCUGCACGCUGCACCAAGUUCCGUAGUCAGAGUUUGCCUCCGGUUUGCCUCAGCUGAACUGGUUGCUCUGGCUUUGUUCCAGUUUCGGACCGGCGGCGCUAGGUUACGGCCCAAUGGGGUCAUGGAAUGGUGGACGGCAGAGACAAGAUGCUGACACACCUUCC